UCAAAGUUUUUGUAAAAUAUAUAAAGCGGAACAUUUGAACGCACCAAAAAAAUAAAAAAAAAUGUUACAAAUUCUAACAAAAUUUUUGAGAUACAAGCAAGUUGCAUUGCUGUUGCAUUUGCAUUGUUGAAGGAUCGAUAAAAAAGAAAAACGUCCUGUUUCAAUAUUAUAUAACCCAGCGACAACAAUUCUUGCCAUGUUAAUCACUUGAUAUUCAUUGUUUGGUUGCCAUUGCGCUGCAACCAAAGUUAAAGGCACCAAGACGGCAUCGCCAACGGCAAUCACCACAAGGACAACGCCAGCAACGGCAGCAGCGCCCCGUAUCAGGCAAAGACUUCAGCGUAUCGCGCGGCAGGACAAUGCGGAUAUGUGGUCCACUCUGCUGUUGCCACUGCUGCUGCUCCAUUUCGUCUAUAUGCAUGCCGCACUGGCCAUGGCCACGGCUAGCGGCGGUCUCACUGUAAUCGAGGGCGCCAGCACCAGCAGCAGCACCAGCUCCACCACCACCAGCACCACCAGCGCCACCAGCAGCAUGGCCCUCUCCACGGCAACCGCUGUGGCCGCCUCUGGUCAGCGGAAGCGGCAUCGCAAGCGGAAUAGCAGCUGGUAUGAUUAUCGCAAUUACAACGAGAAUACCACGGCGCUCGAGUGGAUGAAUCCUUGCGGCGGCUCCUACUAUACAUCAUCCGCCACAGAGCGACGUCGCGCCCAGCGGCCCAAGCAGAUCUUCAACCAGUUGAAGCGCGCCGCCGGCACCGAGUACCGCGAGCUGAACAGCACGCAGGAGCAUAAGGGCAUCGAUAUUGGGGAUAUGCAAGUGUGGUCGCUUCACAAAUACAAUUACAAGUUUCUGCCCAAGCUGAAGCCCAAUUCAACGAUCGCCCUGAAGCGCUGGUACCGCAACAUGCAGACCUAUGUGGCAAGCUUUGCCUAUUUGCGCCGCGUUCAAGUCAAUUGGGAUCGGCAGUAUUUGAAGCGAGAGUCGUCCGUUGCCAAGGAGCUGAAGAAGCUGCUGCUCAGCUCGCGCAGCAUGCUCUGCGAGCUGGAGACGGCGGUGAAUCGCACCUAUCCGGCUCCGGUGGCAGCUCCUGGCCGUGGGGCAGCCAAGCAGCGCCGCUUGAUGCAGCUGCCACAAAUCUCGCGCAACGACAUGAACAGGCGGCUCAAGUUGCGCAGCAAGCGUCGACCCGGGGCAGCGGCAGAGACAACGACUGAGGCGGCAUCAGCGGCAGCGGCAGAGGCAGAGGCAGCCGCAGCAACUACAAUCGGUGAGGCAGACUCCAUGGAUAUGCGCUUUGUGAAGCAUCAUUAUUACGAGUUUCUGCGCACCAUGUGGCAGCUGCUGCGGCGCGACAGCAAACGGGAGCGCCAGCAGCGGCGUCAGCGACGCCAGCGGCGCCAGCAGCGGCAGCGACAGCAGCAGUCGCCGUUGCAACUGCAACAGCACCAGCAGCGACAGCGACAGCGCCAAUGGCAGCAACAGCAGCAGCUGCAGCAACCGCGGCUACAGCUAUCGCUGGCCAUGGCUGGCAAUCGCAGGGAGUUCAACGAGGUCUCCAAGCCCCAGCUCGAUGUGCCCAGAGGUGUCAACGGGCGGCGCGGCAAGCGCCAGCAGCCGCCGCCCUCAGCAUCUGCAUCAGCGUCAACGUCAGCGUCUGCGUCAACGUCAACGUCAGCAGCAGCAGCAGCAGCAGCAGCAGCAAACCAGCGACAACAGCGCCGCGUGCUGCGCACGUGAAAACUCCACAAUAAUAUUAUGUAUAUUAAUCCUAAAUGCAACCCUUAGCUCGCCUAGUUUAAGUA